AUGUUCACAGCUCUGUACAGUGUUUUCAAGAAAAUUAGGACAAAGACAGUAUACACAGUUUGUUCUUAGAAAUCAUACAUUGCAAGCUCAACCUACAGAUUAGUUAGUUAUCUGCUGGCAGAUAGACCUUUGUAUGAAAUUGUCCACCCGAACCUCAUCCUCAUUUCUUUGCGUUUGCUCAAUAGAGCGUAAUACGGGAAAGGUCUAUUAGUGACUAAUCUGUAGGUUGUGUGCACGGAGCGAGGUGGGGGAGGGAAGUUACUUCCAUACAUUCUCUUAAAUGAAAUAGAAAUGAUGUUCUCACAACUUGCAAAGCAAUCAUCAAGGGUCUUGCCAGCAGUUUUGUGUACUGAUGUUGUGCAUUGCAUCAUAAACCAAAGGUACGAUGUAAACAGUUUUGAGAAGGAACAAAAUCAUGGUGGUUGAAGGCGGGAUUGUUUCUCACUAUUGCAUUUCGUUUAUUUUGGUAAAUUGCAACUUUACUGAUUUUAUGUCGCUUUUCAGACGUAUUGUAUGUUGUGGUCUUUCUUUUUUCUCUUUGUAGAGUUUGGAAUAUGCAACAUAUAGUCUGUGAACAGGCUUUCUGUUUGGGGGAAGGCAAAAAAGUUGGGAGGAGAGGGAAGGGAAAGGGGCAGAGCCUUAAGACAAACCUUUGAGGCCGUGAUUCCACCCUCUUGUCUAUUAAUUGCUGAUCUUCUGUCAGCAAGAUUGUCAAUUAAUGUAGUCAGUUUUGCGUGUAAAAAGGGGGUCAGGAGGCAACACUUGACUUUUACCUGGUGCCAAAAUGCUGCUGCUGCUGACUGAGCAAAAUUGUGGUUUUCCCUCCCAUUUAACAGUGAGAGGUCAUGACACGUAUACUGAUUGUCUGAGGUUAUUGUUGUCAUUGUUUCUGGUCAGUGUGAUUUGCCCUCUGAUGCAACAACAUUUUAUUUUAGCUCUUUUGAAAUGUAUUUUUGUGGCUAAAUAAGCCUAUCAGUGAUGUGCCAGAAGAUGCCAUGUUAAAGAUCAAAAGACCUGUCAGUGUUCUCGCCAAUAGGAGCUUGCAUCAGAAUCUGAUGCACAGUGGGUGCCGCAAAAUAGCAGCCUCAUAGGUUUCUCUACUGGCUCUUCCCCUUCCUCUCUCAUGAUUUUUUCAACUUUCCCCAAACAGAGAGCCUGUACUGUGCACAGGCUAUGCAACAUAAUACAUGUAUUACAGCAACAUAGAGCUGAAACAAUCGCCGAAGAGUUAAGAUAUUGAGAAGUGUUUUGCUGCAAACCUAAGGAAAGUUAAGGCUGCUUUAAUGUAAAGAGCUUUCGGCAAUGGAUGUAAUUUGUUUAUUGGGCUCAUUUGAAUUUUGACUUUCAAUUAAGGUGUUUACUGAUUCCAAUAAACGAAGUGAAAUAGAGUACUAAAGUGUGGCGUCAUAAAAAUGACAUUUGUGAAAUUAUGGGAUAUGUCAGGAUAUUCUGAAAGAAGAAUGUCCAAGACGCCUACUUGCCAAAAAUGAGCAUUUCGGGGCAAAUUGUCUCUGAGAUCGUAGCCCAGUUAUGUUUAGAAAACUCCAUACAAACCCUUCUAAAUUUUUUUGCACCGACCCAAAAAAACAUUAAAAGGGUUUGUAUGGAGUUUUCCGAUUAUAACUGGCUAACAUCUUAGAGACAAUUUGCCCCGAAAUGCUCAUUUUUGGCAAGUAGGCCUCUUGGACAUUGUUCUUUCAGAAUAUCCUGACAAAUGCCAUAAAAUCAGAAAUUUCAUUUUUAUGACGUCAUCACUUUAGUACUCUAUUAAAUGUUAUCACUGAAUUGUGAAUAUGUACACAAUGUAAGCUCAUAUUAUAAAGCUCUCUUGAAUAGAUUUAAUGCUGAUAAAUCUGGCACUUUCUCAAGUAAUUGUUAUCUCACCACUACUAUUAUAAUAGUAUUCUCUUCACCCGGAAAAAUAAAUGUAUCUAUAAAGUUGAUCAAUUCGAUCGAUAGUUCAGCACGCAUUGUUGUUGGUUAAGAAUUUACACAGUAAUGCAGGUAGUGUUGCUUUGAUUUUGCAAGGACAAAUGCGAUAUGUGAGAAAAACAAAAAGGCAUGAGAUACAUUUUUUUUAGUUAUUGAAUAUUAUUCUCUUUGCUGGUUCGCUUUUCACCUCUGAACUACCACACAAGGUGACUGCUUUGCAAGUUGCGAAAGUGUUUUUCAGUCCGUAUAGUGUACGAUCCCCACGAAAAUUUAUGGUUUGAAUUUUAAAUUCAACAUUAGCUUUUAAACCGAACUCUUCUAUUUGACCUUGCUCGCUGUGUAUUUUCAACUCGCUUCAUCAAAUUACAGUUACAUAGUAGAACAGUCACUAUACAAUUUUCAACUCAACGCUGUGAAUAAAACUAUACAUACACUGGACAAAUUUUCCUACAUUGCUACUUUUUAUAAGCUUGAAUUCCUGAGCCAAUACUUGGUGCAUUUUUCUUCUUACCGAGUCACAUUUCAAACUCGACCAUGUAUAUUUUCAACAAAACUUUUGAAUUUUUGUUUACACUACAGUGAUCAUUGAUCAAGACCAGGAGCCCCCCAUAGAAGCCUUUGUCGGAGUGGGUGGUUCUUUAGUCCAUUGUGCUUUAAGCGCAAGUGUUUGCCUUUGCCUUCUCACAUGUGUAGUGUUCAUUUCUAGUGAUCUGUAGUGAAAUUUUUGAUUGUUUGAUUUGAUGAGAAUCUCUGAUUCCGUGAUCACAAAGACAGUGGCCAUAAAAAACAGUCCAAAGACAGUUAAGCUCAUUCAAAAGGUAUUACUAUUAAGGGAAGAAAUACACACUCCAGUCAAAAGACUCAUAUUAUCUUUGGAAAAACAAUGAGCUAAAGUCUACUAAGUCGCAAUGCAAUUAUCUAUAGUUGAUGCACCUCAUUCUUAUAAUUUUGGAUCUGUAAAUCACUAUCUGUGAUAAUUUAAUAUCCUGCAGAGAAAACUACCAAACGAGUUAGGCCCAGAAUGAUACAACAUUGCAGAAAAACAUUACAUUAAAGGACUAGAGAAAAUCGCUUAAAACAUUCAAAUCCAGAAGGCACUUUAGAGAAAAUUAGAACCCUUAUUCAGCCGUAAUAAAAAGCUUUAUGCUUUAAAAGAGGUCAAAGAAAAUGCUCUUGCAUCAGAGGACAAAUCCUGCCGACCAGAAGCAAAAACCACAGUAAAUCAAUAUGUGUUCCAUGACCUCUCAGUGUGAAACAAGUGGCAAAAAUCACAUUUGUUCAGUGAAAUUGUAGAACCUUCCAGAGCAUAAUCUACUCAGCAGGGGAAAAAAACUUAUUGGAACGAGCAACAUUUUGGUAGGAGGUAAAAGUUGUUUUAAUAGGCCUACCAACCAACCCCUUUUAUUGCUGUACGCUCGAUAAACAUGCUAUGGCGGAUCCCAUGCCAGCCACGAUAGAAUCAGGUAAAUCCCACUAUUUGCAUGAAUCUGCCAUAAUCACCCAGCAUGCAAAGAAAGUAGUGUCCGAUAGCCCAGGGCUAGUGGAUUUUGCUCUCAGACUAGUGAGUUCUGUUAUUAACUUGCCUGAUGGGCAAGUGAAGUUGCAAGGUCAAAUAGAAGAGUUGAGUUUAAAAGCUAAGGGACGCGAGCAUAAAAACGUUUUCUUCUAAAGGAAGAGUGUAAAAUUUUGAAUUCAGCUAUAAAAUUCAAGUACCGAGGUUAGAGAUUUAAAUGAUGCAUUUAAAAUUGAAACCAUGAAUUUUGGCAGGGAUCGUACGCCAUAAGCCUGACUUUGUCUCUACCCCCUGGUGUGCACCAAGUAUGAUUUCUAAGAGGAAUGUCAAACUGUGUUCCAUGCAAUUCUGUGUUUGUCCUUGUUUUCUUGAAAACAAUGCAUAAUGAAACAACUAUUAGAAUUGGUUUUUGUGAUAUUUGGAAUAAUCAAGGUCUCAGUAAGUGUUAUCAGCCUCAGCUUUCGGCUCAGCUGAUGUCAUUUAGUCAAUCCUCUCCCUUGAUUCUUUCUGGAUAUCACAAAACCUCAUCCCACACCAUUUAUUGUUUAAUGUUAACAAAGUGAACUAAGACUGUGGUGGCACAGCCCCUGUACAUUAAUUUGUAAAUACUCAGUAUCUUACAUUUCAGUGGGUAAUUAAGGCAGCAGUGACAGUUAAAAGUAAUUAAGUGAUGAGAACUUCAUUGAUUCCUGAUUUUCCUUUCAGUACUAGGCAAACAUCUUAGGAGCACUAUGCAAUAUUGUGCAGGCUAG